CGGUGCCACCGCCCAGGAUAGUGUGGUUACGUUGGGGCGUUUAGGGCAGCACCGAUUCCGCCGUGUUCGAUCGUGUUGCCUUUUUCAGUUGGUUUUUUGCACGCUUCCAAAUCUGGAAUAAAUUCCAGAUUUGUUCCAGUAUCGCCUUUGUGGUGGUUUUUGCCGUCGUAUUUCCCUUCCGGGAUAGAGUGCAUUUGUUCGGGCAUUGUGCCUUUAUUGUUCCUUUUCAUUUCACAAUAAAGAUCAUUUUGGUAGUGGCCGCGUAGAGGCACAUUUCUGUGUGGCAGCUGCAGGCCACUUUCAUGGUGGAGAUGCAAGUUCGAUCCCCGUAAUCCUGUACUGACUGAUUGAUUUUCGUUACGGUCAGCAGGCAUUUUGCCUUGCGCGCCGCAUUUAGCCGAUAAUUUUAAUUUAAUUUAAAAUUGCCACCGUGUGUGCGUCAUUAACUGCGCGCACUUGCCGAUUUUCCUGUACGGUCAAACGGAUUCCACGCUCUCGCUACAGCGCAGUGUGGAGUUGAGCCGUACCAAAAACCCGAAAGCAUCAGCCACGUCAACCGACACAUCGCGGAGGACCGGAGCUGAUUUCCCUACGUCAUCAACCGAUAGCUGACAUCCCCGCACACCGGACGAACGACCAGACCGUGGGCAUUCAUCCGUGAGGGAGCAGCAAAGCGGAUUCGAGAUCCUGCGUUCCGGACGACAGUCGGAAAGCAAGCAAGCACCGAAAGCACCGCGCCGUACUCGUCACGUCGUGUCAGUGCAGAUAACAUGGAGCCGACGCAGUGUUAUCGCUGCCGUUAUAACACUAACCGCCGAAAGUGCGCCGAUUGUCUCUUUGGAGACAAGCUGUACAGCGAGCAGGAGAAGGACACCGUCGUGAGCCGCCUGGUUAACGAAGUCCUCAACUGCAACUUGGAUGCGUACGUCACAUUGGGUGAGACGCAUUUUGAGCCGGUAUUCCAGACCAAACCUUGGCUGCGUAUCAGGAUGAACGAUGCAGCCCGGAAGCUAAUAGCCGCACGUGAACCACAGUGGUGUGAUAUGCCACUGCCUGCCGAUUUGCCGUCGCAGCCUAGUUACGCUGCGCCAAUGCAGUUGCCGAUCAGUUAUCCUGCACAAGUGCAGAUGCCGAUGAAUCAGGGAUAUCCCGUGAAUCCCGUCAACCAGUCGCAGAUGCUGCAGUAUCCACAGAUGCAGUAUCAACAGUACCAGCAGCCGGCGCAAUAUGCGCAGUACCAGCAGCAAGCCGAUGUGGCUUUUAACCAGCCGCAAUAUCAGUAUUACCGACAGCAGAACGAACAGCAGGCGCCGAGUAGUGCUAGCAGUGCAGGGACUUCUGAUCCAUGGCUGCAUGAGCGUGGGUACCGAGGAAAUACUGCACAACAGCAGUAUCCCAGCCGAGCUGCAUCACAGCAGCGUAAACUCGAACCGCAACCCAGCACGUCGCGUGUACAACCAGACGCGCGUGUCGGACUGUCGAAACAAAAACGUGGCAGACAGCGUGGAAACCAGUCGAAUAUCCGUUCUGCUGGCUAUCAGCAGCGCAACGAGCCGAGUAAACCACAGAAUGAUCAGCCGGCUGAAUCUCAGCAACCGUCGCCGCGUGAGAGUAAUUCUCGCGAUAAGCGUGGUGUUCGACGACCACGCCAGCCGACCAUCGAUCCUAAUAGGAUUCUGCGCGAUGUAACUCAGUAUACCAGCGAUCUUGGUAUUUAUUUACAUAAGCUGGCUACUGUUGCCGAUAUCGCGAAGACGAAUGGCCCGGAAAUGUUGCAUCUGAAGAAUAUGAUUCAGAAUGCCGCGGCAUUUUUGGGGAAGAUAGGAUUAAGAGAUCGAAUGAUGGAGUUCGAUUAUUCUACUGUCGAUUUAUCGCGUUCGUUGGAAAUAACUACGUACGCGUCGAGCCGCCGUAAUAAUCUUCGUACAGUGCUCGAUAAAAAGCACUUGUACACGCCGAUUACCGCCGUUGACAUUGAGAUCAUUUCUCAAUUUAAGAUUUACGGAGAUUCAGUAACCGAGAAAUUCCUUAUGCAGUAUGUACUGCCACAAGCCGACCCUGCAAAAUUCUUUUUCUUCUGUAAAAUCGCUCACUACCUGAAUCAGGAAUUAAAUGAGCGCAAUAUCGAUUGGACGCCGAUUCCCUACAAUACGGGAUUGAAAUUCGCCGCUAUGAGUAUCGCUGCCGCAUUACUUGGUAGUCAUAGCGCCCACAAGGCGAUCUACCAAAGUAAAGAACGAGCCGAGUACGCCUUGUUAAAGGAUUUAAUCGAAAUGCUAGGGAAGCCGCUUACUGAGCAGCAGGAAGCACAGGUGCUGAAAGACACCCUGGCUGCUGCCGGUCACGUCGAAAUGGAUACUGAUCAAGUCGAUCGUUUUUAUGACGAUAUCAAUAUCCGUAUGAAACGAUACGGCGAUCGCAAGACGCAGUUUGACAAGGGCCAGCUAUAUAAAAAGCGCCCUUUGCCCGAUUCGCCAGAUGCUCCUACAGGAAGCAAAACUGUACAGCCGGAACAGAAAUUCCGAAAUAAUCGGAAUAAACAGUCGGCAGGUGAUCCUGCAUCGCCGCAGUUGGGAGUGAUGGGCGGGAAACAGCCUGUCAAGCUUCCUCCCCUUACACAGCCGAUUAUUAUUCCCGUGGUAAAGCCGAAUUUGCCAAUGGCGAAGUUUUCGUCUGCGCCGUCGUCGUUGAAUACAACGACUGUGAAAUCAUCUGGUACGAAUACCGAUAAGCAAGGUAAAAAUACUUUGCGAUUGCCGGCCAAUAAUGGCAAUAAAAUUAAUGACGAGCCGAAUGUUGUAGAUCAUGUGCGGAAACAGCAAUUGCCGACUGUUCCCGCGCCAGCCGAACCGAUUGUUGCAGCUAAUGUUGAACAACAAUCAGCAGUUACUACGCAGCCGACACAAGUAGAGACAGUGCUUGUGUACCCGCCGACCCGUGAGACCUUCGACGAGAAGGAACUUGCGAAAUUGCCGUUGUCCCGUAUGAAUAAAGCCGAACGCGACUUUUAUGUUACGACACAGUCGUAUCAAGAUCAUGUUGAGCCGUCGUCCAAUGAGUAUGUGGAAACCAUGCUCGUUGAGUUGAGAAAGAAGACGUUGAGACAGAUGACCGAUCCCGAAUAUAUGUUUUAUAUUCGAUAUGAAAAUCCGGAACGAUUACCUGCUUGGACGGGUAGAUCGCCAGAAAAGCCGAUUGCGCCGCAGGGCGAUGAAGCCGAUGUUUUCCACGAGACAGUGGAAGAGUUGCCGGUGCGACCAGCACUUUCUGAGGUACUUGGCGAUGCUUUGAACGCAGUCGCCGCAGCCGAAACCGCUCCUGACACUACCGGCGCUGACGCUGACGUUGACAUGCUGCCGGAUGCGAGUGCGGAUGAAGCUGCUGAAUAAAGUCGUCAUUGGAGGAUAAAGCAAGCCUCCGGAAUGGAACGCAUCAUGUUGGAAUGGAUCUCAUAAUUUCCGCUAUUUUUUCUGAAUUUUUGUGAUUGUUAACCAUAGUAUAUGCCGCCGAUUCGGUCGCAUUUUGCUCAUAUGUUGCUCACUGUUUUGUUUUGCGAUUUGUGGCAGCCUCGGGGGGCCUCGGCCGUUCCGCCCCGUGGCAUGCUAGGCGAUCGGUGCCACCGCCCAGGAUAGUGUGGUUACGUUGGGGCGUUUAGGGCAGCACCGAUUCCGCCGUGUUCGAUCGUGUUGCCUUUUUCAGUUGGUUUUUUGCACGCUUCCAAAUCUGGAAUAAAUUCCAGAUUUGUUCCAGUAUCGCCUUUGUGGUGGUUUUUGCCGUCGUAUUUCCCUUCCGGGAUAGAGUGCAUUUGUUCGGGCAUUGUGCCUUUAUUGUUCCUUUUCAUUUCACAAUAAAGAUCAUUUUGGUAGU